AUGUUUACUCGGCUAUUCCGUAAACCAAAGAAGAAGGAGACUGAUACUCUCCAAACACUAGAGAAGCUUAAUGAGACUCUUGACAUGCUAGAGAAGAAGGAAAGUUUGCUUCUAAAGAGAGCUGCUCAAGAGGUUGAGAGAGCAAAGGAGUUCACCCGUGCCAAGAACAAACGAGCGGCUAUGCAAUGUUUGAAAAGGAAGAGGGUCUAUGAGCAACAAGUUGAACAGCUUGGAAAUUACCAGCUCCGUAUUCAUGAUCAAAUGAUUAUGUUAGAAGGUUCUAAAGCAACAACAGAGACUGUAGAUGCUUUGAGGAGUGGUGCCUCUGCGAUGAAAGCUAUGCAGAAAGCAACAAACAUUCACGAUGUUGACAAGACCAUGGAUGAGAUCAAUGAGCAAACCGAUAACAUGCGACAGAUCCAGGACGCUUUGUCUGCUCCAUUUGGAUCUGAUUUCGAUGAGGAUGAAUUGGAAGCAGAACUUGAAGAGCUUGAAAGCGCAGAGCUAGAAGAGGAACUUAUUGAGCCGGUAAUACGACCUGUUCAAAACCUUCCUGAAGGAAAGCAACCGGCUCGUCCUGCAACUCAGAAGAAACAGACCGCUUAUGAAGAUGAACUGGCUGCCUUACAAGCUGAUAUGGCCCUCUAA